CUGAGAGUACUCACCAUGCUGUUCCGCGUCGUUGUGAUGGUGGCGGUGUUCCACACGGCUGCUACAGAGGAGCCAGUGGAUCUGACCAGGGUGUCAAGAGGGGCACUCUACAUCAGACUGCCAGCGCCAUACUCGAGUAACAUGUCGCAGUGUCUGGACCCUCAACUGAACCAGAUGUAUGACGAGGGUGAUUUCUGGUCCUCGCCCUUCUCUGACUGUAAGCUCAACACCUGUGUGGACAUCAACGGUGUGCUCAACGUGGAACGCUACUCAUGCCCGACGGUGGACGCGAGCCUCCUGAAGAAGGAGGGCUACUUCUGUCGCUACGCGUUCGGCGACAGGAACAAGGCGUUCCCCCACUGCUGUCCCAACAUCCGCUGCAAGCACAUCGUCAACGGAAAGAUGAUGCCGCUGCCCGAACAAAUGUACCCGGAAAUGCACACUGCACAGUGAUAGUUGACAUGGCAUCCGGAGACUGUCAGUUCGAUAUAACGUGACAUGAGCCGAGACGUCGUGCCAAAGUUUGUCCUGUGGUUACCCUGAUAUGUGUUCAGAAGGAUCCUUCCAUCAUAUACCAAAGUGAGGCGCUUGUACGUCGCCAUGCGUGUGUGUGCCUCUGCAAAUGUUUGAAUGUUGUUUCUGUGUUAGUAUGAGCGUGUGGAUGAGAAACAUCAUCGAUAAAUGUAAAAGCGCUCGCAAGAUUCAUUUUCUUCCGUAGAGUUAGUGGUUCAUGCUAUCCAUCCAAUUGUGUUGACUCUGAGUCAUGAAUCAACUUUUGAAUAAAUGCGUCAUAUUUGUUUGAAAAGAUCUCUAGCAUCUCCAGGAAUAUGAAGGCAUUCUUACCCAAUUCUAACCUUUACCUUAUCUGGAUCAGUGACCGAUCUUGUUUGGCCUUAUCUAGCUAUAUGCAAUCAACUGGAGAUUCUCACACUGUAUUAAAGUGCAUGGAAUAAGCAUGAGUGCGUUCUAGGCAUGGUAUCGUAGGUUCAUAAAAGAUUUACUAUUCUUAAAUUAAAAGUACCAAUUAAAGAAAAAUCGUUCGCAAAGCGCAACACUGAGCGUGAAUGAAUAAAAG